UUUAUAAUGGCGUCUGUGCAAGAGAUGCGCCCCGGUCUUGAAAAAUGAAGCGGAGAAGAAGUCUGUUGUAGAAAUUGAUAGCCUUUUACACGGGUUCCCUCAGUGGGCUGCGACCUUCUUCCUGAGAUUCUGGUUCACUUUUUAUUUUUUUACCACAACAUGAUGAAGAUCAAAUCGAAUCAAACGCGGACAUAUGACGGGGAUGGCUACAAGAAACGCGCCGCCUGUCUGUGCUUCAAGAACGAGAGUGAGGAGGAGGUAAAUCCGAGGCUAGGGGUGUGGAGGUGGAACGGGCCUUUUGAGGAAACAGGUUGCCAGCCGGUAGUCUGGUGGGGUAGCUAUUUCGAAUGUAAAGAAUAGGGUAGUUGUCAGCGAAAGCAUAUGCCUAUUUGGUGGCGAGAAGGCAUACAUUGAAUUGAUGGCAACAACAUCACCUGCGGUUACCAUGUUGUAAAUGGAGAAAAAAAAACGUACAAUUCUCAAACGGACAUUAACCUUAAUUGUAGACGCCUAGGUUGAAUAGAUUAGAAUAGAUUAAAAUACAAUAACUUUAUUUUCCCAGAAUAACGUUAUUUUCCCAAAGUUGCCAAGUGAGUUUAUUAUGCAAUGCAGAGUCUGUUAGCUCUGGGCCAUUGCAAUAUAUAUAUAUAUAUAUAUAUAUAUAUAUAUAUAUAUGGUGCAUUCGGAAAGUAUUCAGACCCGUUGACUUUGUCCACAUUUUGUUACGUUACAGCCUUAUUCUAAAAUGGAUUAAACAAAAAAAAUCCCUCAUCAAUAUCCCAUAAUGACAAAGCAACAACAGGUUUUUAGAUUUUUUUAAAUAUAUAUUGCCUCCUAAUAUUGUACAAUCUGUGUGUGGCUUCAUUGGCCUGGGCUGUUGCUUGUUUGAAUUCAAGACCAGAUUGAUCUCAAUUUGUCAGUGUCAGAGUAGCCACUCAUUUUGGUAAUUUGUGUGGGAUUUUAAAAAUAUUGAGUUAAUGUCUUCUGUCAUGUAAAAGACGCAUGAAGUGCGUUUUUAAAAGGUCAUUUUUUUUCUAUAAAAAAAAAACAAAGCCCCAGGGUUUAUGAUUUCUUAAUCUGACCCUGCCUACAGGUGUUGUUGGUGAGUAGUAGCCGGACUCAAGACAAGUGGAUUGUCCCUGGUGGAGGGAUGGAGCCGGAGGAAGAGCCCAAUGUGGCUGCUGUUCGAGAGGUGUAUGAAGAGGUAGGUUGAAUUACUUGUCAACUUCAUUUGUGCAUUCAGAGUUUUUAUUAUGCAAGGAGCUCAUUGAAAGUAUCGUUUCACUUCUGCACAGGUGCCCUUUUAAAUGGUUUGUAAAGGGUAAAUGCCUGUAUAGAUUGGUAUAGACUGGUAAUUACACACUUAUAACGUGUUUAUUAAUCAAUAAUCUGAUCUGAUUUCCCCCAAAAUACUUGAUGUCCCUGAGUAUAAUUUUGUUAAAGAAAGGUUACUCUCAUGCUAAAGUGUUGCCUAAAGUUCUUAGAGGGUAUAUAAGGUAUUUGAACUGAAGCUAACCUUUUCUGUUGAACAAAUGGGAUAAUUACAUAUUUUUACAUUUACAUUUUAGUAAUUUAGACACUGUUAGAUGCUCUUAUACAGAGCAAUUUACAGUUAGUGCGUUCAUCUUAAGAUAGCUAGGUGGGACAACCACAUAUCUCAGUAAGUACAUUUUUCUUCAAUAAAGUAGCUAUCAGCAAAGGCAGUGCUAUUAGGGGUGGGGGGGAAGUCAAGUGUGAGUGUUAGUUCACAAAAUACAAUUAUUUUGUUUUGGGGGGGGGGCGAGGGGGGGGGUGCUGUGGGAUUAUUUAAGAUACUCUUUAAAGAGGUAGGGUUUCAGAUCUUCCAGUCUUUUAAGUUUAUUGGUUUUCUGUUAACUGUAUUCAGCUUCGUUUGUGAGUUCCUUGUGAUCAAUGUUGAGCUCAUUUGUUAAUGAAACACAAUAUGAUGUAUUGUUGUCUUGGCCAAAUGUUCUUGAAGGGUUUUGUUGAUGUACUAAUUUUACACCAGUUGACUUAGCAGCCCUUAUUUCAUCUCUGAAAAAGCUAAAUGUUUGUCUAUGGAAGCUAUGCACUAAAUGGGUUGAGGAGCCUCUUGAUUGAGAGUCCAUGUUUAUAAAUAGAGUAAAACUGUAACCUGUAAAGUACUGCAAUGACACCAUGUUAAUAGGAGCUGAUCCCUCCCUCUCCUCCAUGACUUUACCCCCACCAUGUGACUGAAAAUGGCAGCAAUUCUCAAAACCCCCAGGUCUCAUCGUGUGAAAAUGCGAAAACAUCGCAGUGUCCUGCUUUUACUAAGAAUCGUUAUUCAAGGUUUCAUCUGCUGUUUCAUUUCCACUGAACAUGUUGUCUUUCCAGGCUGGUGUCAAGGGGACAUUGGGGCGACUACUAGGGAUUUUCGAGGUGAGCUGAAAAAGUUUGUGUUUUUCCAUGUCUUUGUGUUGCUUGUCUUUAAACUUGGGGUGGGAAGGACUGCUAGUUUAUUUCCACUGUUUGCCUCCUAACCUUGAGCACUAAGAAUUUUCCUUGAUUUCCUCUUUCUCAGAACACAGACAGGAAGCACAGAACAUAUGUCUAUGUCCUAAUCGUUACAGAGAUGUUAGAAGACUGGGAGGACUCAGUGAAUAUUGGUACGUUAAAUAUUGGUACGUUGUUACUAGUUGUUUGUGGUGUUUGUGAAAGCUGUGAUGACUGGAAAUCUAUUUUGUUAUGCGUGAUCAAAUUGAUCAAUCGGCAACAGAUUGACCAGCUGAUCCUCUAAACCAAUAGAUGCUGCAACUACUACUACUACUGCUACUACUACUACUAUUACUACUACUACUACUACCACUACUACUAUUACUACUACUACUACUACUACUACUAUUGUAGAUCCUUCAUAGGCAUUUCAUUCCUGAGUUAAUCUAGACUAAACCUGUUUUUCUGACUCCACUCUGCUCGUUAUCCCUCUGUUGACAGGGAGAAAAAGGGAAUGGUUUAAAACAGAUGAUGCCAGCGGAGUGCUGCAGUGCCACAAGCCUGUGCAGGCCUCGUACUUUGAGGCCCUACAACAGAGCUGCCUGAGCAGCAACAUGAUGCCCCUGGUGACCACGAUAGGGGGAGGAGAGCACUCUCCUACCUACAACAUCAACCAUAACUCUAGAUCGAGUAUAAGAUAACUAAAACACAUAAACUCCUGGAGACUUCUCCACAUCUUUUACCCGCUUCCUUUUCUUACUUAAUCCUGCUCCUUUUACUACUGCUUAUUUUUUAAACUUCAAAACAUCAACAGAAAUGUUUGCCAUGCCAGCCUUUUUUGUGGUGCCAGAGUGGAGGUACAGACUUGAAGUGUUGGGUGAAGAAGAUAUAAUACUUUGUAAUUUGAAUGUUUUUUUCUUGCUUUUUAUGAAUAAUUGCAUGAGAUGUUCCCAAACUCUUCCUCCUUUUCCUCUUUACCUCGGUCCCUCAUUCCGCUCUGUCAUAAAUGUGAGGUUUGUUGAAUGCAACUCUCUGCUGUGGUGAUGUAAAGUAUUGGUAUGCUAUGUGUUUACCGAAGAAGACAGGCUUUUAAGGAUCUUGUCAUGGUUUGCUAACACUUUACUUGAAGUUGCAACACCCCUUUAUAUGUCAGUCAUAAGAAUGACAUAACCUCUCACCAUGUACGGUGACAGAUCAUUAGUCUAAGAGUUAAGAGUUAUACAGUAUGACAGUCUUUUUCAGCAUGACAUUUUCUGUAGUUUAUUUUUUUUUCAUAUCUUUCCUAAUCGUCUAACAAUGCAUUUAUUUGGUUAAUGGUUAGAUGGGCUUGUUGGAAAGGUUCCUGUUUUGUAUGCGUGGUAAAGAUACAUGGGUGUGUCUUGUGUGAUGCAAUCUGUAGGAAUGGAAUUAUCUGGUACAAAACAGGCUCCUUUUGUCUUACAUUGUGAAGAUAGCAGAAGCUUUGAUGAUUUGAGUGAGAAGCUUUGAUAAGGGGGCUGACAAAAAAAAACACUCCCAUAGUAGCUUUGGCUUUUGUUAUCACACUAGGGAACAUCUAACCAGAAAAUUGAAAUGUAAAUAAUCUGCUGUCUCACGUCUUAUUGUCAGUCUAUUUCAGUCUAGACUAUGAAGAUAAUAUAUUGAUUGGUUUUAUAAUUAAAUGACCGGAAAGACAGAGAAUUAUACAUGUUAUCUGAUCCUCAGGGGAAAUGAACAAGAACCCAGACUAGCUUUUGGUGCAGGAGACGUGCUCUUGCAGAGUUUUUGAAUCAGGUUGUGCAUCAGGAGGUAGGGAGUAAUGUCAUUAGGUGUUGUUUAUUGUGCUUGAAUAGUAAGGCUAUUUUAAAAUGGCACUUGGAAGAUUAUGCCACUGCUGGA